UUCAUAUCGAAACAUUUUCUAAAGCUUCACUUCGAUUCCAACACUCAAAAUACAAUGAGUUACUUGAACCGUGUUUGGGUGGCCGCCAGCGUGACCUUAGCUAACAACCACUCCGAUCAAGGCCACAAAUUGAAGUCCGGCCUCAGAUCCCUCCACCACAGCAAGAAGAAGUUCUCUGCUUCCCCGGCGGCCGACAUGCGGCCGAUUUCCGGCGCCGAUCUCGGUGGAUUUGCCGGAGAGAAGCGGAUUGUGCAGGUCGAUGACUCGCUCAGGCAAGUCAUGUACAUGAAUUGUUGGGGACAGGGAUAGAUCAUGGCUAAUUAACGGACGCGAAGAAAAAGAGAAUCGCAGCCGGUCAGAGCCGUUUGCCGCUCCCGAGAGGAUAUUGUACAGGGUUGACAUUCUGCGGCGGAGAUUGGACCGGAAUGAGCUGAAUCAGUUACUGUCCGGCGCGGGCAUGAUCAGGAGUUACUGCACGGCUAGAGUGUGCAACCCCGAUUGUAAAUAUUUGUAUAUAUGUGUGUAAUGUUAAUGCAAAUCCCCAACCCAAUUGAGCCUUCUUUAGCACUGAUCUUAUUCGUCUUUAUGUUAAAACGCUUUUUCCUUUACCAAAAAAAAAUCUGAUCAAGAUCGAGUACAAAUUGCCGAAGAUUUGAGUUAAUUUAAGACGGAA